AUUCCUUCUUUAUACUUGUAUCUGUGUAGACAGUUUUUUUUCCGCGUUUUCGUUGUGGCAGUGUCGUGUAUAAUUAAGGCCGUGAUUCGGAUAUAGACGAACGUGAUGCAGUUUAUUUGAUCUGUCACGUCGCGUGCAGGAAGGUGGUGCUGCAGUGUGCCACGGUCUCGCUCGUGCCCAUUCCGCUGUCAGCAGUGCAGAAAUUCUGCUGACAAUUUAAAUUCUCGCUGCCGUGGAGUAAAAAAGUAUACUGACAAUGUCUCUGCUAGAAGACCUAGUCUAUUUGCUAAGAUAUGUCGUUGAAUAUUUCGGAGUUCCUGCCGACAUGCUGGUUCCAGUUUGGGACACCACUUUGUGUGGACAGUAUCGCAGCAUCGUUCGAAUGAUUGGAACAAAUUUACCUCUGGCGCCUUACCCCCGGAUUCAUUUUCAGAUUCCUCUGCAGACGUCAAGGAGGCAGGAACACGUAGAUGAAUCCGUAAAUGGCCGGGCCAUUCCCUCACUGGAGGAUGUGUUGUGGCUGGCUGAGGAAGAAGGAGACAGAUCCACUAAGUUCAGGGGUAAUGUCCCUCUGAGGAAUGCUAGAUGGCUACGGGGGACUGAAGCUGCUCGGCCAGCAUGUGGAGCUCCCCGUGCUCAGCAGGGGCAUGUGGCCCAAGGGCUGAACAUGCAACCCGAAGCCCUCCAGAAGAUCUCUGCUCUGGAGGCAGAACUACUGCGACUGCAAGCUCAGAUUGCCAUGAUAGUUGCCAUUCCCACAGUUGACAGUCCUGGCCUUGGUGAACCUGCCACUCCCUGCUUCCACCCUGCGCCUGCUCCCGCCUUCACCUCCACACCUCUCUCCGUGCCGCCUCCACCCCCAGCACCACCCUUGCCUCCACCCCCUCCCCCAUUGGCUGGCUUUGUGCAGUCCUCUGUGUCAGAGGUGAUCAGACAGCGGCAGGCAGCCAGAAGAGGCAAAGCGGAGCUGCGUGAGCCCUCGGACGACCCUGCGGCAACUCCUCUCCCCUCCAUGCUGGAGGUCCUGAAGGACCUGAACCAGGUUAAGCUCCGCACUGUGGAGAGGUCUCCGGGUGGGACCCCAAUGAGGAAGAGAAGGAGUAAGGGGCUGGCAUGCUCGUUGGACCCGGCCGCACUCAUCGCCGAAGCUUUGAAGCGGAAGUUUGCGCACCGGCAGCGGAACAACUCGUUUGAUAAGGAGAACCGCUCGGCGGAGCCUUCACCGUUCAGCAGCCCCGACACGCCCAGAGUCAUACACCUGACAAGACGCAGUCAGGGGCGUGUUCACCUGUGACCCUUUACCCAGAGGUCAUGCAGGAAGUGAUGGAGACGUGUCUGCUGAAACGCCUUUGAUGGUUUUCUCUCUGUUGCUUUUCUUCAGCCCCUGGGGUUUCAGUACCUUUCUUAUUGUCAUUGAUAGAGGAGCUGGCUGUUAUGCAACCCCUGCAGUUUCCCAUUGAUUUUGCUGUUUUAUACAGUUCAACACUGGUGUUCAUGACUCUUGUGUUUGCCACAGGUGUUUAUGAAUUCUGCUAAAAGUGUGAGUGAAAUGUGAGCGGAGGAACCUGAGUGGCGUUGUAAUUAUGAGCUGACUGAGUUUGAACAUUUUGAUGUACUUCUGGUAUGCCUUUGCUAAUCUGGCAUGCUUUUAAUUUUUGUAAUUAUUUUGAUAUAAAUGCUUUUGCAUUUUUAGUAUGUCUGCUGUGCUUGUAGAUUGGUUCAGAAAACCAGGAUCUGCCACACUGUGUGAGAGACUGUUACAUACACUCUAGCCUGUCUAAUGCAUUUAAUGUCUGGUGUUGCUCAUCAAACCUGGUUUUUGAUUGUGUGUGUACAUGUACAAGUGUAAGCAAGGAUUUCUGAGGAUGAUGGACAAACCUUUUAUCUUUAAAAAAAAUAAAAAUCAGGAACUGUAGCUGCUCCACCCACCCAUCUCCAUCCAUGCUUCUAUCCUGUGCUGGGGUUCGGUGCUGGGGCUUUCAGUCAUCUUGGAAGGUUGUAAACAGCCAUCACAUGAGUUAAUCCUCAAAAUAAACCAACUCAGUUCCUCUUA